GCGCACCAUGGCAUGUAACUUUCCCGCUCCUAUGGCACUCAGUGGUCAUUGCCUGGUGUGUUUAAUUAUUCCGUGACACCUAUGGAAUAUGAGAGUCCAUAGCAACCCAGGGAGCUGUUCAAACCCGAAAACCGAGCGCCCGACCCCUAAAAGGGCCACAGCGACUGGUGUGGAGGACUCUCCUUUAGCACCCUCUAUGCAGAUGAACAGCGAUGGCCACAGAAUCCCACCCACCUGAACAGUACGAACAAACAGUGGAACACGAUUCAGUCGAUGACGUGGUAAACAUGGAGCAUGUACUGAACUCACUGGAGAGGGUCAUUCUCACCAUCUUCCUCUCCAUCAUCAUCAUCAUGACUGUUCUGGGAAACCUGCUGGUGAUGGUGGCGCUCUGCAAGGACAGACAUCUUCGGAAAAAGAAGACCAACUACUUCAUAGUGUCGUUGGCAUUUGCAGACCUCCUGGUUGCUGUGGUUGUCAUGCCAUUUGCAGCCAUUGAGCUGACCACAGGUCAGUGGAGGUAUGGGGAGAUCUUCUGUCUGGUCAGGACCUCGUUGGAUGUGUUUCUGACCACUGCAUCUAUCCUACACCUGUGCUGCAUAGCACUAGACAGGUACUAUGCGAUCUGCUGCCAGCCGCUGGUGUACAGGACUAAGAUGACUCCCGUCAGAGUGGCCCUAAUGCUGGGGGGAUGCUGGGUCAUCGCCUCCUUCAUCUCCUUCCUUCCCAUCAUGCAAAGCUGGCAUGCCAUCGGCAUAGAGGACAUUAUUGAGGAGAGGAAGUUCAGCAGCAGCAGCAGCAGCAACAAGACCAACUGUGUAUUCGUGGUGAACCGUCCGCAUGCUCUCAUCUGCUCCGCCGUGGCCUUCUACGUUCCCCUGGGCCUCAUGGUGCUGGCCUACCAGCGCAUCUACAUCACCGCCAUGGGCCACGCGCGGCAGAUCGGCACGCUGCAGCGGGCAGGCUCCGCCCACUACUCGGCGCCCCCCCAUCACUACCUCAGCUCCGAGCAGCAGGGCUCCAGUCGCAUGCGCAUAGAGACCAAAGCUGCCAAGACCCUGGCUGUCAUCAUGGGCUGCUUCUGUCUCUGCUGGGCCCCAUUCUUCAUUACCAACGUGGUGGACCCCUUCAUCCACUACAGUGUGCCCUGGCAGAUGUGGACCGCCUGGCUGUGGCUUGGCUAUAUUAACUCUGGCCUUAACCCCUUUCUCUACGCCUUCCUGAACAGGGCCUUCAGACGGGCCUUCCUCAUGGUACUGUGUUGUGGUGGUGAGAGAUACGUACGCCAGGGGAGCUACGGCCCCACCAGACGCUACUCUGGAUCUGUCAAUGGGAACUCCGUCGCACUCAGAUUAUCCUUCCUUCCCAACCGAAGCCACAGUGAACAGCAGAAAGAUUUUAUCCAAUGAGGUAGGAUCUCAAGACUCCAUGGGUGGACUAUAGCCCAGAGAAAUAAUGGUGUUAACCUGCUUGUCUCACACAAGGCGAACAAGUGAAAUACAGUAGGUAUUAAUGGGGACGUAUGGUCACGACAUUGAGAUUCUGAGCUGAAGGACUUGAGGACUGCAGUCUGAUUAUCGAAUUAGCAGAUCAAGGUUUAUGGAAUUUGAUGCAAAAAAAGCACUGUCCAGUCAACCCCC